GUUGAGCAUCCAUAGAAACAAAAAGGAAACAUUUAUUUUUUAUAAAAUUGGUGAUAUGAGCUGGAUAUGAUCUGAUUUUAAGGCUGGAACAAGCAGCAACACUACUCUGUCUUCACAAUGCCUAUCACAAAGAUUCCCAUUGUCCACAAGUUUGGAAUUAUUUCUCACAGCCAGAGGUUGGAGCUGCAGGAGAGACUUCUCAAACAGUCAUAUCUCCAGAGUCUGAAGACGAGGAAGGCAGUUGUUUCUAACAGAAACCCCUUGGAAGUUUCAGAAGAAUUUGUGCUACAAUUUAACAGUGCUAAAGAUCUAAGUGAAAUAGAAAAACUGGAAGAAGUGGCACGCAAGAUGUUGGAAAGAACAAAACGUCGAGCUGGGUUAAAAGAAUUUGGAGUAGGCCAUCAUGUAAACCUCCCUUUGGCGUGGACAGAAAUGGCACAGCUGGCUCAGUGUAAAGGCAAGAUACAGGAAGAUUGCCUUGACGUGUUGAUUGUGUCCCUGGAUGUGUCCCCUGUAGAGAAAUACCACAUCCCGGCUCUGUUCUUCCUCGCUGAGACUAUGUUGUACUGGCUGCGAACUGAGGCCGUGCGACAACCGUACCUCCGCACCAGCGAAAUCAAACUUCUUACUAUGGGCCAGCUUGUGUUCACACGACUGUUCUACCACCACAUGGCUGGGCAGCUACAGGGCCAUUCAGACUUCAAAAACAGACUCUUCACUUACUUGGAUGGUUUGCAAGACUGCCAGGAAGCCUAUAAUCCGUACCCAAAUGCCCUGCUGUCACUGAGGUUCAUUAUUGAAGUAGGGAAGAUUAUUUUGGCCGAUGCGUUAAUCGAGCCAGGUGAGGUGAAAGAAGGAGACCGGAUUCCACCCCAGCACAACCUUAAAGAGAUCAGUGAUGCCACGAAGGAGUUGUAUGAGAAGCGUGCCCAUGACGACAUCCAGUCUAGUCGGAGUGGUGCUAUCAGCAGCAGUGUGCACGACCUGAGCCCCACCCUGUGGCACUCCCUGGAUGUGUGGCGCUGCACCAACCAGCUGAGCGGGGGGUUUGAAGACGCCCUCAGGGCUCUGUCACAGUGUGGUCUCGGUCUGGCCAACGAGAGCUGGGUGGACGGCAUCAUCGCGAUUCCCAUCCUGGCUGAAGCUGCUAAAUCCAAUAUUGAUGCCCUCAAGGUUCUCCAAUGCCUCGCCCAGGGGAUCAGGGUGACCGAGGAUGCUCCGCACAUGAGUGACGGAACAGAUUCCGAUGUAAUAAGCUUCUCCAGCAAAGGUGAAGCUGGUAAGAAGUCCGAGUGUCGAACUCCGUUCAGCUCGAAGCAAUCUCUGAGUGACAUCUACGAGCGCAGUGAGGACAGCACGAGUCCGCGGAAACACGUGAUGCUGCAGCAGUCGGACAACACGACGGAGAGCAGUACAGACCUGUCAUGGCCGCCGGACUCGCCUGACAAGAAGAGAUACAGUGACCGGUCGCUGCAGUACUUCGACGAGAUGCGACCUCACAGGCCCCCGCUCAAACAGUCGCACGAGUUCCAGCUGAACUUCGCUCAGGAUGGGUCACCGCAGGAUAGGAAUGAGAACAGAGAGAUGUCGGGUGGUCAGGAAGGUCAGCAGACUGACAAGACGUCAUCUCGGAUGUCAGGAAAGGCGAGCGGUGUGGAUUCGAUGAAGAGCAAGUCGAGUGUCUAUAACCAGGGGGUGCCGGGGACGGGGAACAAGGCCGAGGCCGGGACUGACCUCCCGAGUGGACGAGGGUCGGAUGCCAGCUCCGUUCCGACAUUCACCAACAUGCCACAGUCGGAGAUGUCAGGAAUCAGCGGCUGGCACUGGGAGGUGGCUAUCACAUACUGCGACAUCCUGUGUGAUGUCUGCCUGCACGGGACAAGUGCCACCAUUCAGAAGAUGGCCCUGGUUGGUCACAACAAGGAUCUGAUGGAUCCCGUGAGGCGGCUCUUCACCACGGUGCCACUGCCCAGCGCCGGUCUUAUCGACCUCGCCUUCUUCCACCCUCUCAACGAGGUCAAGGACGGAGGUCCUAAUGAUUGGAGUUGGCGUAUUCGAUAUGGGGCGAUCAAGUCGAUGGUAAAGAUUUGCCGAUGUCUUGCCGAUAACAAAGCUCAGGAAGGUUUCCGGAACGGAGCCUGGAGUAUUCUGCUGAAAUCUCACUCCACAGAGAAAGAUGACAGAGUCCUUGAAGCUCUCAAAGUUGGGCAGGUAAACACAGAUCUGCGAUGCUUGGUAGAACAUUCUAUGCGGGAUUCUCCUCUCACUAUUGGGUCACGUAUUGCAGAGGGACUGGCGGCGGUUUACCUGCCCCCUCUACCACCACCGGUUGAACCGGUGACUCCUGUAAAACCGAGGAGACGAGUGUUUGUCCAGCAAGACACAACAUCCACGUACACAGCAAGACACCCAAUGAGAACGUCUCUCAAAGAUGAAAUCAUGUUGGCCACAGCUCUAUAUGAGCCACCCAUAGACUACCACAAACGCACAAUGUUUGACUUAAGGAGAAUUGUUGAGGAUCAGUGGAGAAAGGAGCUCCAGCAGCAGCUACAUGAGGAGGAGGAGGAGAGAGAGGAGGGGCUGAAGGAGAAACAGAAAUCAGAGGAGCUGCAACAGAAGGAGAUGGCCACCAAUCGCGAGAAGAAACUCAAAACAGCCAUGCAGAACUUGGUCAAUGUGUCAGAACAGUCCUUCCCAGAAGAAUCCAUCAAGAGAGACCAGCAGAGCGUAACAGCUGACAAACCAGUUGUGUCAUUGAAUGACACACUUGAAAGUUAGGCAGUGUACUUUCAGUUAUGACUGAUUACAUUUGUGCAUCUUUCUGCACAGGAGCGGAUGCAGUAUUUUUCAAAGGAUGGAGUGCAACUGUAAAAAGGGCACCUACCAGUUAUAAUGUUCCAAAGUAAAUUAACAUCCGUGUUAUAUAUGUAACAAUUUAUCCCAGAAAACCCCCAAAACCCAGAUAUAGCAUUCUCCCUGCCCAUCUAGACAAACAAUUAAUCACUUGAUUUGGGGAUGUGGGGGCAUUUUUACACCCUCAUCCCCUGAAUCCAUUCCUGCUGCAAUUGUUAUGUAAUUACCUUUCCACUCUGGUGUUCUUUCCUAUAGCCAAGUAGAUAGUAGUUGUGGAGACAUCCUGCAUGAAUUACCAUUGAUUGUGUGGUUUUAUGUGCAAGCUUGUCACUAAAAACUAGUUAGGAUUAUACUUUUUUGUGCACAUGAAAUAUUUAGGAAUCUGUAUUGUGAUACUGCUUCCAAAUCACUUCAUAAUAAAGAUAUUUACCAAUAUACAGUUUGUUUGCACUGAGCCUCUGAAGCUACAGGGUGUUAUGGUGAGUUUGUUUAUUAAAAAUAAAAUGGACUUUCACUGAAGUUGUGAAACUAAAACGGACUCUUCCAACUUUUCUGUGGUCAAUGUUUCAUUUAGAUUAGGUGAUACUAGUAUUCUUUCUGCAGUUGAUACAUAUACCAAUAAAUAAAUCCCCCUUACAUUCAUUUAAAUAAAAAACAUCUCAUUGUUUCUGAGUUCUUCAUUUCUCGAUGAGCAUAAAAUUGAAAUAGUUUGAGGAAGUCACAUAACAUGAAAUAAUUUCAUUUUGCUACAUAGAAUUAUUGAAUGUUAUUGUUCAAGAAACCCCCAAGAGAAUUCAAAAUAAAAUAUUGUCUUGUAUAUGCUUUGCCAAUUUGCACGUGUUUUUUUGUUUGUUCAAACCUUCAAACCCGAAUGAACCUAAAAGAAUUAACAGACAUUCCUUAAAUGCAUUAACAAAUUUUAACAUAUGUAAAACAUUUUCAUUCUUAUAAUACGUGUACUAUAUGAAGAUUUAUAAUAUUCAGAAAUAAGGCAUUCGGGUUCCACAUGUAGAAGAUACUCAUGUAUAUUCAGAGAGCAUUUUAUGAUUUGAUGCUUCACUGACUUAAAUACUUUGCCCUAUUUAGUAAAACAUUUUCAGUUCCACCAUUUUGGUAAAACAAAACAACCUUGGGAGUAAAAAAAAUCCCACCUUCAUUCAGUUUGGUGAGACAGAAUACAGACUUCUUAAAAACAUUGUUGUUAUCUCGAUUUAUGAUUGCAGACCGCCAAAACUGUUUAUUUUGCCUUGAUCUUAUACACAAAUUUUAAUUUAAUAACAAUUUAUCGGGUUUUUAUUUGAGCAGGCUAUCAGAAGUGAAGGAAGCUAGUGUCCGCUUUUGCCAAAAACGUAGUUAAAUUGUUGUUAAUCUUUGUAAUGAAAUAGCUCCUGACCCUCAUGCUUCAUAAAGUAGCAUACCUAAAUGCAUGUAAUAAUUGUUAAUUCAAGAAUAAUAUUUAAAACAUCUAGUGCAAAAAUUGUAAGCAUUUUUGUCCAUUGUACAUGUACAAUUUUCAAAAGGAAUAAUCAACUGAUGCUCCAGAAUUAAACAUUGCUAUUUUUGCUUCCUCUUUAACAUAUCUUCUUGUUAUUAUUCAGUGUUUGGAACAUGUUAUUUGUAUUUAAGUUAGAUAUAUGUCAAUGACGUGUCUAGAUGUAAAAGCACUGCUAUAAUUGUUUGCGAGUCACAUUCUUUGUAAUAAACAGAGUUACUGUUAA